AUCCCUCAUAAGCUGUUUGACCAUAUUCUCUGUUCUUGUACAAUACGAAAGCCACCAAAAGACACAUAUUUCCUCCAUUACAGGUAGGAUGGAUCCCAUAUGAAAGAAGGAAGAGAAAGAAAAACAAUGGAACAGAGCUUUUACAAAGGGUCUUUCAACUGAGGAUCUCACAACUCUGCUUGAAACACUGAAUUAGGGCUCAACACUGAAGCCUUUAUCAAAUUAACAGUCUGAAGGGGAAGGGAGUGCUCCGAUGAUUUGUCAGCUAUAGGAUUGGGCUCUUGCUCCUCACCCUGCAAGAAAACUGCCACAAGCACACUUGGGGAACCUGAGAAAAGUGCCGUUUCUCACAUUCAGAUGAGAGCCAGUGGCAGUACUCAAUCUCACCAUUUCAUCACAGGCAGAUGAUACUACAGUGCAAGAACGUUCAGAGUAUUCUGUGCUGAGUGGGAGGGUCACACUGUGUGAGACUAAUAAGGACAGAGCUGCAUCCCCCUCUACCACUCUUUGGAGACUCACUCCAGCAACUCCUCAGCACUACAGCAGCUCUGUACAGGCAUUUUCAGUGCUUCUGGGGGACAUACUCAACUAAAAAUUAAAGAUUUGUAGCUGAUUGUUCACAUGUGUCCAGGGGGAGAUGAAGUACAUUGGAUCCUGCAUAGUCUGGCUUUGUAUGGCAGUCUUCCUCCUCCUUCCUGUUUCUACUUCUGUGGCUGUCAGUGACCAGACAGGUGCUGUGUGUCCUGUAAUGAAAACAGUUGUUCAUCAUCUCAAACAAAUCAACAGAGACAGUCUUGGUGUUUCAGGGUUUGAUCUGGCAGAAAGCUUUUCUUUGAGGCAAACAACUUGUGGAGGGGAAAAAAUCUGUUUUAAACUGGGGAGUGCACCUCUCGUCAGAGACACGAAGCAGGUAUUUCCAAAUGGGCUUCCCGAAGAAUACUCUCUAGUAGCUACGUUCCGUGUACGGCGAAAUACCAAGAAAGAGCGUUGGUAUAUAUGGCAAGUUUUAAAUCAGUAUGACACACCUGAGAUCUCUGUCCUUCUGGAUGGUACAAAAAAGGUUGUGGAGUAUAUGACCAAAUCUGCUCAGGGAAAUAUACUGCACUACACUUUUAAGAGUCGAGAAAUUUAUCCAUUGUUUGAUCGGCAGUGGCAUAAGCUUGGUAUUAGCGUGCAGUUGGGGAUCAUUUCCCUCUAUUUGGAUUGUAAUUUAAUUGAGAGAAAACAGACUGAUGAAAAAUUCACCAUUGACUUGCAGGGAAGGACACUGAUUGCUUCUCGUGCUGCAGAUGAUAAGCCUGUAGAUAUUGAACUUCACCGCAUAACAGUUUAUUGUAAUCCAAAACUUGCAACAGAAGAUACAUGUUGUGAAAUAUCUGCCGACCUUUGCCCACGUGAGGAGAGGUUGCUUGCUACGACUUCAUCACCAGUGACUGUUCAUGUCAGUAAAAUAUACACACUUCCAGGAAUGCAACAAGAAUCUGGAGAGAGAUGCCACUGCUUUCCAAAUAAAGGAGAAGCAGGAUUGCCAGGUGUAGCUGGUUUGCCAGGCCAGAAAGGCGAUAAAGGUGAAAAGGGUGAAAUGGGUGCAAAAGGAGAGGAUGGUGUUGCUGGUCUUCCUGGCGAAAAGGGGGAAGCUGGCUUAGUAGGUGCUCCUGGCAUACCUGGUCUUACUGGUUCCAAGGGUGAACGUGGUUUUGCAGGUAGUAAAGGUGAAGAAGGUGCAAAGGGUGAAAAAGGAGAUAAAGGAGAACCAGGACCAGAAGGCAUUCAUGGAAGAGAGGGACUAAAAGGUGACCCUGGUACUCCCGGUGUGGUUGGUCCUAAAGGAGAAAAGGGAGAUGCAGGACCUCCAGGACCAACUGCCUUGAGUGGUUUGCCAGGGCUGGAUGGUCCCCAAGGUCCACCUGGCAAAGAAGGUCAAAGGGGAAGACGAGGAAAACCAGGCCUCCCAGGAAAACCAGGGCCACCAGGACCUCCUGGUCCUUCUGGACUGAAAGGAAUUCUGGAUUCAUUGAACAAGCAUUAUAAUGAGAGUGAUACAAGACUACUAGGAUUACUUGGGACCCCUGGACCUAAAGGCCAGAAGGGAGACAUUGGUCAAAAAGGAGAAUUGGGAAUAACCGGUGCAAAAGGAGAAAAGGGAGAGCCUUCUGCAAAAGGGGACAAGGGAGAUCGAGGAGAAGCUGGAAUGGAAGGAUCAAAAGGAAAUAAGGGUGAAACAGGAGACCCUGGACCACCUGGUCUUACUGGAAAUCCAGGAUCAAAGGGACUGCAAGGACCUCCAGGACCUGUUGGACCGAGGGGACUGCCAGGAGAAGUUGGUUUACCAGGAGAGCACGGGGCAACAGGAAACCCAGGAGUUAAAGGAGACAAGGGAGAUCCUGGUGGGAUUAUGGGACCACCUGGGCAUCCAGGUCCAAAAGGUGAUGUGGGACCUCCUGGACCAAGUCUGCCUGGAAGACCAGGUCCCACUGGUAUUCCAGGAAACCCAGGUCCACGGGGACCAAAGGGAGAAAGAGGACUGCCUGGUGUACAAGGAGCACCAGGGGAGAUGGGGCCCCCUGGAAUAGGCAUUCAGGGAUCACCAGGUCCUAUAGGUCCAACUGGAUCAGCAGGUGUGCAGGGCCCUAGGGGACCCCCAGGAUUACCAGGAACUCCAGGUACCCCUGGUAUUAAUGGCACUCCAGGAAGAGAUGGAAAGCCAGGACUACCAGGCCCUCCAGGUGAUCCUGUUGCACUGCCACUUGUGGGAGACAUGGGUGCUAUACUGAAGGGUGAUCCGGGCAUAAGAGGUCCUCCAGGCAUCCCUGGUAGAGAAGGGCCCAAGGGAAGCAAAGGUGAACGUGGAUUUCCUGGGCUUGCUGGAGAGAAGGGCGAUGAGGGCCUUCAAGGUGCUCCUGGACUGCCAGGCAUACCAGGAUCCAGCGGACCAGCUGGAGUCACAGGAAGACCUGGACAUCCUGGUCCAGCGGGUUCAAAAGGCGAAAAGGGUAGCGAAGGUUCUCCUGGGAAACCUGGACCACCUGGGCCUCCGGGUAUGCCUUCCAAUGAAAGAAAUGGAAUGAGCAGCUUGUAUAAGCUCCAGGGAGGUGUAAGUGUUGCCAGUUAUCCAGGUCCACCAGGACCUCCAGGUCCAAAAGGAGAUCCUGGCACAGGGGGAGACCCAGGACCAAUGGGAUUACCAGGACUGGAAGGACUCCCAGGGGAAAAGGGUGACCGUGGGCCAGCUGGCACACCAGGAGUAGCAGGGACACCGGGAAAACCGGGAUCUCCCGGAUCCCCAGGGAUGCCAGGGGAACCUGGUGAAAGAGGACCUAUAGGAGAUAUAGGCUUCCCUGGGCCAGAAGGGCCACAAGGAAAACCAGGAAUCAACGGAAAAGAUGGAUUGCCAGGUCCUCCGGGUGCUGUGGGGAGACCAGGAGACAGAGGACCCAAAGGAGAACGUGGAGAUCAGGGUAUUCCAGGUGACAAAGGUCCACAAGGUGAACGAGGGAAACCUGGCCCAUCAGGAGAAAAGGGGGAUGUGGGUCCUGUUGGGCCACCAGGAGACAGAGGUUACCCAGGGUCACCAGGUCAUCAAGGUCCCCCAGGUUCACCAGGACCCCCAGGGUUUCCCGCUGACACAGUUUCACUUGAAGAAAUUAAAAAAUAUAUCAAACAAGAAGUUCUUAAGGUUUUUGAAGAAAGGAUGGCUCAGUUUGUAUCCCAGCUGAAGCUGCCUGCUGCAAUGCUUGCCUCUCAAGCUCAUGGAAAACCAGGGCCUCCAGGAAAAGAUGGGUUACCAGGGCCACCAGGAAAGGAUGGUUUGCCAGGGCCACCAGGAGAACGUGGAAUUCAAGUUUGGUCUGCUCUGGAGUCAGAGCAAGUCAGACUGGAAUGAAGAACAUGAGAGCAAAGCUGAAGAUGUGUGGAUCCUAAAGCUAUCAGAAGAAUAAAGACUUACUAACAUUGCUAAGCGCAAACCCCUGACAGAAGCUUGAAAAAUGUGAGGAGCUCAGAAUGAGAAGAACAAGAAUAAAGGAUCAAGAAAUGCAAUGAAAGGCUUAGAAUCUUACAACACUGACUUCAUCAUUACCUAAAUAUUCAGAUCACUGUAAACAGUCAACUUCAAUGUCAGUGCCAGAUUGUUCAAAUGAUGAUGUAUGUGGUGGAUAGUCUUAGAUGCUUCUGGGAAGUGGAACGUUGUACUAGGCUUCAUUUCUAGCUAGUGAGCAUCAAGAGUAAAGAUGAUAGCUAUGCUUGAAAAAUAAAUAAAGCUGCUUUUUCAUGCCUUAUUCUUAAGUAAAAGUAGUGCCCCAUGUACACAGGGUUUCAAUUUAUUUUACUGAUAUGCUCAAUAUUCUUUUUUGAUUAGUAAAAGGUAAGAUAAGUGAGAAGCAUUUACUUCUCUGAUACGUCAAAAGAUAUAUGAAAUUAUACUUCCAAGGAAAGAAAACCAAAAAUUUGUCUCGCCUGCUUUUGAACACUCUGUACUAAGGGGUAGUGCCAUGACAGAAGCACACUUACAAAUACCCUUUAAUGCCUUUCCCAGUUGUGCCUGUGCGUGUUAUUGUUUUGUGCCAACAGUAAAAAGCAAUUUAAAUCUCGGAGCAGAUUGAAAAGUGUCCUUCCAUACUCCAUCUUAUUUUCAGCCAUAAAAGGCAUAGCAUACCAGGAUUCCUGGAGAAGCAUGUUAAGUGCAUGUGUGGCUGAGCCCAUCAAGGUAGCAUGCUGUGUGCACGUAUGCCCAAGUCAUAAUACACAUUUGAUAUUGGCUGACAGAUACUCCUCAUUACAUUUCUCACUUGAGUGUAGCCCAGAUUGCCAGCUCCAGGGUUUUGCUGUUUACAUACACAUGCAGGCUGGCAGAGUGAAACAGUUGUCCCAUACAACCAGUGAAAAGAAGUAGAUACUUUUGGAGAACAAUUAGCAGGACCUCUAGGAACACCUCCAAAACCUAUUUGUGAUGCUGCAUGCUGAGCAGAGCCUGCUAGAGCCAGCCAGGGGGAGAGGCAGGGUCACUGUGUAUCCAAACAGGUGCUUAACUUGCAGCUUUGCACGGGUCCCUCUGUAUGCCUUGGGUGUGGUACCAGUUCUGGUAUGGUCUUGUAUGGACUGGUCUGGUAUGGACUUGGCUGAGUUCCACCAGAGCCUCUUUCUGCACAGCAAAUCAAUAGGUAGAGGUUAGUCCCAGCAGCAGCAAACAUAGAUAAUAGCUUUUGGAACUGUAGGCAUGGUCUUCAAAAAGUGUAUUUAAGGAAUUGCUAGACUCUUGGGCAUGGAGUCAUUAAUUUCUAAUGAAGUCCAGAAUAGUUACCUGCUGGCCUUCAGCAAGGUUGCUCAGAGUGUAUCUCAGGUACUCCCCAGUGGUUCAGGUACAAAUAAUUUUGAUUUUAUAAGAUGGUCUCAAUAAAAAUAUAGCAUGCAAGCGAAAAACAACAACUAAUUGCAACUUAAAUUAUGAAACAUGCAAUUGAUAUUUAAACAGUCUUCAUAUAAUAGUGAUUGGAAGAUUUUUAUAUAUAUGUCUUCAUUUUAAAAAAGUAACCUAUAGCAUAUACGUCAGCAAGCUGAUGUUGUGAGGCAGUGUUACCAGUGAAAUGUACAGCAUCUGCUUAAGGGGGAGCAGAGAAACUUGUUUACUCUGUAUGUGUUUUAAAGGAUGCUAAUGUCUCAUAGAGAAACAGGAAGUUUAUUUCAAGACUUUAUAGACAAGCUGUAGCAAUGUCAUCCAUUUGCAAAUGGUCAGUCAGCUUGUCACGUGUUAGAGGAUCUAGAUCAAUUAACUCCACUGAGUAUUUGCACAGUAAAACACAGUGGAUACUUUGGUCUCAUUGUUCACUGUCACGGUAAUGUCUUUGCCUCAUAUUUGUGUUAAAGAACCUCAGAUUUCUGUAGAUACUUGACAUGCUAGUUUCAGGUGCUGCUUUAUUCAUGCGGAUGGAAGAGGGACUCCAUGACAUAGGUGGAACACAUUUUGGAACUGUUUAAAUGAGAGAACUUUUUACCUCCAAGUUCAUAGACAUGAACUUGGGUCAUUUCUAAGUAGAGCUGAGGGCGCUGUGGUAGUGAUACUUCUGACCGUGAUGUUUGUGGAGAGCACCAAACCCAGCUCUAUUUUAGCUAUCACGACUCACCUAUGAGCAGAAGAAAGCUCACCCGUUUGAACACAUACUUGCUACAUACUGCUACCAAGCAUUUACCGUAUUACCCACAUUGGGUACAUGUUUACAUACCACAGCUUUUGGGUUGCAGAAAUCACAACAAAACUUGUUGAACCCAGUUGAAAAGUUUUGCUAAAGCAGUCGUCUUGUGAAUUAAGCAGGUACCUCUUACUGGAAUUGUGAUUCUGUCAGUACAAAAUAGGCAGCAUCUUAUAUGUGCCUUUACAUUAGAAACAGUAAACAAAAAUCUGAUGUAUGUGUAUGGUAAUAUUUUCCUUUGACUGUGUGUGUCAAUUUAGCUCAGAGAAGGUGAUAUUAUCCUCUAGAAGUGUAAUCAUGGCCCUACUUCUGAGCAAUAUAUACCUCAUUAAAAAAUAAUAUAUUUUCCUGCCAGAAUUACACAUUACUUUGUUUGGAUUGUUUACAUAUAGGCCUGUUUACCGAUACGGUUACACCCUGUUAAAUAAAGCCUUAUUUAAAAAAAGAAAAGAAAUCUGGGAAUUUUUGUGUUAAACUUCAGUGUCGACAGAAUUUACCUGCCGCUGUGUACAAACUGCACCUUUGCAAGUGUAUUCAGAAACAGCCAAUAAUUGUUUACAUUGCCCUGGAUCAUAUAUUUGCAUUGGCAUACUGCUUUGUCCUCUUGUGUUGGGAUUUUUUUUCCUUAUUUUCUUGAAUUCCAGUGAUGUUUACAGAAUCUUUCGGUCUAUCUCAGUCCCUUUUCAAUUGUGGUGUCUCAGAUAUCUACAUUAAUGAAUAUUUUAAAUGUGAUAUAUCGUAAAUGUCUUUCUUUCCCCAUAACUAAAGAAAUGCAAAGCAAAUGAUUAGUGGCAGCACUACUUUGUAAAAUUACAAAUAACUGGGUUUGUACUGUAACUGUCUAUUGUAAAUUAAGAAACAUAGGGAUGUAUAUAAUAAAUAGGAAAUGUAAUAAAUCUGUGGUUGUAU